GGGAGGAGGAGGAGGAGGGGGAGGAGGAGGAGGAGGAGGAGAAAGUCAGUGAAGUGAAGCUGGAGGAGGAGACCAGCGACAGACCCAUCAGCUCGGCCUUCUGUGACGUGGCCUCCUCAGAAUCUCCUCACCUGUGGGGGAGGACGAGUGGUGGAGCAGUGGGGGAGUGUGAGGGUGAUGAAGAGGAGGCAGCAGAGGAGGAAGAUGGGGACGGUCUGAGCUCCAGUCCUGGGAAAACCGCUCUGCGCCGCGUGGAGACGGACGGCGUUCCCCCUGAGGAGGAGCCAGACGCCAAGGUGUCCAGCCUGACGUGUGAAGUGUGCGGAGCUCAGUUUGGGACCAAACGAGGACUGUCCAUCCACGCCCGCUCCCACCUGCGUCAGCUGGGCAUCAGCGUGUCAGAGGGCGGCGGCUCUUCCAUCAAACUGCUCUACCAAAUCGCCAAGGAGCGCAACAUGGUCUCCCCCCACCCUAGGUCCAGUUCGGCCAAGACCCCGUCCAACCCCCUCCCUCAGAAACAUGAGUUUCUGGACGACAUGGACGUAGACGAAAAACCAAUCCCUCUCUCCGUCCUGGCCAAAGCAGCCAAGGCCGUGCCCCCCCCCUCCUCCCCGACAUCCAGGUCCUCUCCUGCUGCCUCUCCAGCGGUGCCGUAUUCUGGCCCCCCCCCCUCGGUGGUGAGGAAAGCCCCCAUCUCCUCUCUGCUGCCUGUGUCUUCCCAUAUCCGCUCCCUGGAGCACAGGGUCGUGGGGAUGAAAAGUUUGACCUCUAACCUCACCGGUCCAGCCUCGAUGACCACAACCAAACCCCUGUGGGCCCCCCAGGAGAGCGACGCGCCGCUCAACCUGACAGUGGACGUGGACCCCGACAAGGACAUAGUCUGCCAGCUGUGCGGCGCCUGGUUCGAGACCAGGAAAGGACUGUCGAGCCACGCCCGGGCCCACCUGCGCCACUUUGGCGUGGAGUACCUGGAGUCCAAAGGCUCGCCCAUCGACCUCCUGCAGGAGCUCAUGGACAGCGAGGACUUCAAGCUCAAGGCCAACGAGGUGCAGCUGGACGGAGAAACAGCCACGCUCUCCUCCCCCAAGCAGCCCCCCCUGAGCCUCUCCUCCUCCUGCUCCUCCCCUCCGUCCCUCCUGUACAAGGUGACCGCGGCCGGAGGUGGGUCGACAUCCAAAUCUACCUCUGCCUCCUCUGGACUGGGCCCACCCCCCAAACGCCUCAAGUCUUCUUCCAUGCAGCUGUUCCGUCUGAGCAGUGGAGAACUCAUGGCCCUGCCACAAAGUGAACCUCCUAAGGAGAUCGGCUGUGAGUACUGCGGGGAGUACUUUGAGAACCGUAAGGGUCUCUCCAGCCACGCCCGCUCCCACCUGAGGCAGAUGGGCAUCACGGAGUGGCCGGUCAACGGCUCCCCCAUCGACACCCGGAGGGAGGUGAUGCUCAAAAGAGGAGUGAGCGCCACCUCUGACCGGGGAGUGAAGAAAGAAUCCGGCCGCGGAGCCAAGAGCCCCCAGUAUCCACGCCCGCUCCCACCUGAGGCAGAUGGGCAUCACCGAGUGGACUAUAAACGGCUCCCCCAUCGACACCCUGAGGGAGGUGAUGCUCAAAAGAGGAGUGAGCGGCACCUCUGA